UCGGGUUUAUCGCUGCAGGCGAGUCUCACGCGCCGAACCCUCUGCUGGCGGCACAGUGCCAAAGAAUCUUCAAACAGAUUCAACCUGCUCAAUGAAUUCUGUCACUUCAGGGAAAUGACAACUGUUUUCAAGUUGGCCGAUAAAGUCGCUGCUGCAGGGCGAGUGAACAGCGGAACAUUCUACAUGUUUCAGACGUUGACCGGGUGGAAGAGGCUUUUAAAAGAGUUUGAGCGGUACUCCAACCACAAAAGACCCGACUGCAAAAGAAUAGACCUGCAACCCAUUUGUAAACAAACCCACCCGGUGAAUCGAGCCCGUCCGAGCAAGAAAAAAAUGUGCUGGAGAUGCAAAUGACGGUGGACUUAAGGGACAUUUCACACAACAACUCUGCCGGUGUUCUAAUGACAGCGACCAGAACUCGGUGAGGAGCAGCGGACCAAACACACGUCUGUGUCGCCGUCUCCAUUAGCGGCUCGUUGCAGCUAUCGAGCAGGGGACCGGGAGCUUUCUGCCAGCUGAACCAGAGUGGAUACCGGAGAAAACCCCGCUGUGUCGGCUGGGUACGAUGUCGGUAAACAGGCAUUUUGGUCACCUUCUGAUGUGUGAGGGACCUUCAACAAUAUCUGGGCCAAUCCCCCCGGAUCCAUCUUUGUUUCCUCAGUACUACAAACGACCAGCUUCAGCACGUGGCCGUUUAGAGGGAAACCCUGAUGGAACUUUGGCCCUGCUGUCGGGGCCCCUCGCCCCAGACCCCGUGUUGUACCCCGGCUGCUACAGUGCUCGUACCCCGGCGCACCCUCGCCGUAUCGGCCCCGGUGCCACUCAUAUUCUGGAACGAGGACGUAGAGGGGUCGUUGGGGAGCUGCUCAAACUUGACGGCGUCGCCAUUACUCCUGUUCCCAAGCAGAAGCAGCGGGCACACGACUUUGGUAAAGAGAACGUGCGUCGGCUCAGGGAGAUCCAGAGACGCUGCAAGGAACAGGAGGCUCAGAGAGCACACUCUGGUCCGGUUCCUGUGAAAGCUCUCUGGACCGCCUCCAAGUACCAGGAUAUCCCGUCCAGGGUGAUGGUCCAGCUUCAGGUUUCCAGUCCAACUUCUAAACCACAGUGUCAAAACUUUCUGAAGGCCCACUCGACUGACCCCCCAAGGUCGCGUCCCAAAACCUCUCCGGUGGCUUUGCGACGCCGGGCCUCCUGCAACUCCAUACCGGACCAGAACUUGCAAUUACAGUUACAGGUGCAUGGCCAGACGAUAGACUUUGUGAAACACAAUGCCCGCUCUGCUGGAAAAACUGUGAUGCGUCGGUCCCAGUCGCUGAUGAGCCUCGGAGAGAAACCCGUGCCCAGUGCAGUCAAGGGACAAGUGCCCCAGUAUAUUGAGGAAAGGAAGGAGCAGUGGCAUAAAGAGGCAGAGGAGAGGAGGAGGAACAUGCCUGAUCCCUCAGUCCCAGCUGGUCACACCCUGAUGUGUGAGAGCGAGAGAGAGGAAACUCUGAAGUCCCUGAAAGAGACCCAUCGCUCCCUUGUGGCCGAACUGUUGUCCCUCCCUCUCAAAGCCGACAUGCUGAGCGUUCAAACGCGUCGGGCUCAUCUUGAUUGCAGGCUCUCGGAAAUCGAGGAGGCCAUUAAAAUAUUCUCCAGGGACAAAGUUUACAUAAAAAUAGAUUCCUAACACCUGAUGAGGAGAAUCAUCCACUGCUUUAUUGAGAUCCAUUUGUAUUUUAUAGUUGCAUGAUGGAAUAUAUUACUGAACCUUGUAAAAUAGAAGAUUGCUUAUUCAUUAUCAUCAUCAUUAAUUAAAUUAUAAGUGUGUGGUCAACCAUUGAGGUUAUAUAAUUUGUUACUUAAUGAGAAAAACACAUGCUACUGAACAAUAUGCAGAUGCACUGUACAUUCAUUGUUAAUAACUGCUCACGCAUAAAAGAGGAUUUGAUUAAAUGUGUUUUGUUUAGUUUUUGUGUAAAACUGGUUGGCUUUUUUCUUUCUUUCAAUAAUGCAUAUUUUUGUCAAGUCCUUGUAUAUGAAUAUUUUUGUACGGUUGUGUAAUAAAAUGUACAAUGUAGUAGGCUACAGCGUGUGCACAGCU